AUGGGCAGCAGGGGAUUUGCCAGUCACUCCCUGAGCAAGGCAUAUGGCACAAUGGGCGUAACAGGUGCUAAUCGAAGAAGAGACAUAGAUGGCUCUGGUUACAGAGGGAAGAGCAGUGGGGUCAAUAGAACGCCACUUGGACACAGGCCGGUGUCUGAUCAGCCUCGGUAUUUGUCUAUUAAAGGGACGAUCGCCCCAAACAUAUUGGACACUGAGUUUGGCCAAUCACUAACUCCAGCAUGGCCAAAACUGAGAAUCGUGAGCCCGGUAUUUAUGGCAACCUCCUCUCCACAGCCCUUCCACAACAUAGCUGCCACAGUAGAACCUCCAGCCAUUACCGAUGCUACUCCAACAUCUUCAGCCGUCAUGGACUCCACUCAUAUCUUCUCAGCCAUUGCGACAUUGCAUUUCAUGACACCCAUGCACUCCAAAGGCGUUGUUGUGGUGAUGACGUCAUACGCGCACAGGACAGCUCGUGAUCAUGACAGCGUCAGAUUGUCCGAUGUCCUUUAUAAUUCAUCAAGUUUCUGGAUGACAGGGUUUAAUGUCACAAUGUCUUGGAUGAUGAAAUGUUGUCUGUUAGUUGUGUUAAUAGAUAACUGUAUGAAUCAGGAGAUCACGUAUCCUGAACGCCAGGCAUUUAAAGCAAAAGGUAGAUCAGUUAGAAUCAAAUGCCUGGUGAAUCAGUCGACUCUUAAGUCCACAGCUCUUCACUUGUACAGAGCUCAGUCAGGUGGAGCUCUCCAGAGGAUCCUGCAUUUCGAGGCUGGAACUACAACAGCCAAAACCGAGGAAGCUUUCGGCCGCAGAUUCACUGGAGCGAUAAAGCAAAAUGAAGUGACCCUCACUGUCUCAGCCCUCGCGCCAGAGGAUGCGGGGAUGUAUUACUGUGCGCUCUGGAGUUCAGACAACACACAGUGUUAAUAAAGAGAGGAAAUCUUUACAAAAACCUGCUGCUUAACAUCAUCACCUAGGGGAUUAUUUUAUAGAGACAUCAACAGCCCCCUAUCAGCAAAACAUAGAUAAGCAUACCAUGAUGGUCUAUUACAU